CAAGAUAGAUAGACAGACAGGCUAGAUUCUGACCCAAACUACUAGUAGUAGAAAACAUAAGCUCGCGGCAUGAAAAAUUGCGACCUCUUCUUAUAAAACUAUAAAACUUUGUUUUAAAACCUAACAGAAAGAAAGAGAUGGCUGUACGCACACUAAAAAGUGUUUGUCUCUUAUGAACUAACGUUGGCCAAAUAAACCAAAAAAAAACAAACAAAAACAACAAGCAGCAAUAUAAAAUGGAAGUAUACAUAUCAUCAUUAUCAUCCGAUAUUGCAUAUUGAAGAGGUGAAAUUUUGGUUGAAAAAGGAUCUUUAUUAUAUUAUUAUUAUUAUUUAAAUCGAAAGGAAAUACCUCAAGGAAUAUUCAUCUACCCACAUACACCUUCAUUUAUUUGGAAUAAUCAUCAAGUCAAGCAUGUUAAUCAAAAGUGAAUUAUCUCAAUAUAAAAUUGAAUUAAUCGAUUGUUUUGGUGAACAUCAAUCACAGUUAUUUUAUGGUCGUAUUCGUAUUUAUAAUCCAUGCUGGAAUAAUAAUAAUAAUAGUAAUAAGUGUUCAAGAUCAAUAUUGGAUAUUAAAUUAGGACAGACAAUCCCAUUGGAUAUAAGUGAUGGGAAUAAUCAGCCUGUUCUAUGCAUUCCUAUACAUUUCUUUCAACGUCUUAAUGAUAAACACAAUGAAAAGAAUAAAGAAACAACUAGUGGAUAUACUACUACUAAUAAUAAUGGAUGUAUACAAUUGAAAAAUGAUUUUCAUAAGUCUACUUCAGACAAUGUGGAUUAUAAUCAAAGCAAUAAUACUAAUACUACUACUAAUAAUAAUAAUAAUAAUAAUAAUGAUAAUAAUAAUAAUAAUAAUUCAGGAUUAUCUAUGCUAUUAAAUGACUCUUUGAAUGAGUUCCCACAUCAGUCGUCUUCAUCAAAUGAAAUUGAUACAACGGAUUGGAAUAAAAUAAAUAAUAUUUGUCAAGCUAAUAGCGCUUUAGCUACAAUACGUGUAUACUUUCCAGUGAAAUUAAUGAAUUCAGCUAAUGAGUUAAAAAUUAGCACAGAUCUUAAAAAAAGAUUUCACCUCCCUCCGCAUCAACAUGAAUUUGUCGCCUAUCCAGAGCUCUUAACACUGUCAAUUGAUCAGUUAUGUGUGAGUAUACUAAAAGGAUUAUCAACAACGCAUUCAUUGAUUCCGUACACCUUAUUAGUGCCAAAGGAAUUUUGUAAGUCGGAGAAAAGUCAUUUACACCCUGGUAAUACUACUUCUUAUAAUGAUAUGAUGAAGAAAACAGAAGAAAAUCAUCAUGUGCCUACAUCAUCGUCGCCAACGUCGUCAUCGCCGUCGUCAUUAUCACCACCAGUGAUUGAUCAAGAAGCAGAAGAACAAGAAGAAGAGGAAGAAGAAACCUGCUUUUUAAUCGUUAAUCAAGGUGUCUACAAUCGAAUGAAUGCUUUAAUACAAAUAAGUAAAGAAAAAAUGUUGAUUAUGCCAAAACGUGUCAGCUGGUCACUUGCUACUACAAACAAUCAUAAAAAUUUGACAAUACACCAAAAAUUUAUUGAUGUGAAUAAUUUAAUCAAAUCAUCCUCAUCACCGUUGUCAUCAUCACCAUCAAAUUUAAUCAAUAAAGAAUUGAUUGAACAGAGUAAUAGUUGUACAAGUGAUCCUAAUGAUAAUAUACCAGAUAUUAAUCAUAUUAAAAGUAAUAAUAAUAAUAAUGGUAACAAAAAAGGAGUGGACAGUCAUGAUGCUGUGCAUUGUAAUGGUUAUCUAAGAGAUUGGGUUGGAUUAUCGAUUGAUGACAAAAUUGUUUGUGAGCAAAAUGAUCUAAUGCUGAACAACAUAUCAAAUAUCCAGUGUUUACCUGUUACUACUACAACCUCCAUGUUGUCUAGACCAGACAAUUUGUAUAAGACUACUACUGUUAACGGAGAUCAUAUUAAUAGCUGCUAUGAUAACUGUCGAACAGGAAAUAUUCGUAUAGCUUUUGUUCGUCGAGAAUCCUCUGAAUGUGGUAAUUCAAUAGCACCACAUUUUCUUCAGAAUAAAUAUUCACCUGCUAAACUACGCAGAUCACGACUUCGUGGAACAGAUCAUUUAGUGAUAAAAUUUAAAAGAAAUUCUCUUUCAAAAGAUUAUUAUCCUAAUGAAAUAGUCGAGAGUUCUUUUGCACAAUCAGUUUGUGAUAAAUUUUGUAACUACAACAGUAAUAAUAAUAAUAAUAAUAAUAAUAAUAAUAAUAAUAAUAAUACGCCUUCGACACCUACAACUGUUACUGCCCCAAAUAAUCCUAUCUACACAACGACAGCAACUGACUCAACAGCCAGCAUAACUUCUGCCCAUCAAUACAACAAUGGCAGCACUGAUAAACAACGAAUUCGUUGUGAUCAAAAUAAAAUUUUAUGCAUUUUAACUUCACCGCUUAACUAUUCAUCAAAUUAUUAUUGUCAUCCAAGGAAUACAUGCUAUGAUAGUAAUCGUCUUUUAUCGCCUACAACACUAACUUCUUCAUCAAUUGCAUCCAGAGUGAAAUGGGGAGCUAAUCUGACCUUACAGACUACUAACUAUGCCAGUGUUAAUCAUGACACGUAUGGUAUAAAAGUAUCUUCUCCCAUUGGUCAGUAUAAUUGUGAGAUAAAUUCAAAAGAAUCAAAUCAAUAUUUUAAUAGUAGUUAUAGUAAUCUAUCAUCAUCUGUAAUGACACAAGCGACUCACGAUGAAUUUGAUAAGAUAAUUCUGCAUCCAAGACCAAGAAUACCUCCCAAGCGUUUAGAUUUAGCUAAUCAAGAUCUUGAACUGGCUUUGAAAAGGAGUCUCAGUGAUUGUACAAUGCAAGUAUCCAAUAAACGUUAUUACAACAAUUCUAUCAAAAAGUCUUUAGCGUAUACAGCAAGAAUAAAAAAUCAACACAAUACAAACAGAGAGUCAACAAAUGAAAAUCUUGCACAUCGAAGGAAAACUGUAUUGCGUACAAAAAGAAGACGACAUCGACCAUUUACUACACGUCGUCAAAAGUCAAGAAGUGGCAAUAUUAAAAUUCCACACAAAUACAAUGGUGACUCUGUGACAACCAUGUCAGCAGAUAACAGUUUCACAUCAAUUUAUUCAUCACAAAGCAUUUCAGACGAUUCUUUGCUGAAUGAAUCAGAUGAAAAAAAUAAGACGCUUAACGGAGAAAUAUCACGUCUUCCAUUACCAAAGCUUACUUUAGCUAAAAAUAGAGAUGGUGAAUUUAAUGUGGUUGAAAACCGUGAAGAAAACACUGUCAAAGUCUCUGAUAUUACCAAUGAAGAGUAUAAAACUACUACUACUACUACUAAUACUACUCAAAGAAUUACUAGCAGUACAAGCAAUGACUCUGAAAAUACAGAUGUUAGUGAUUGUAAUACACCAGUCAAUUCAUUAUGUAAUACAACAGAAGUAUGUAAGCCUUUAAAACGUAAAUAUGUAAAUAAACAACGUGCAAAUUGUCUUUCGAAUAAACGAAUGAAAAAUAGAAGCUCUCAAGAGAGUUCAGAAGACGAUCAAAAGUCAACUGGUGGUAGUAUAUAUGAUCUUAACAGUGAAGAAACGAAACCAGACAUGAACAUAAAGCAUAAUUUAUCCAGUUCUGUAUCUGAUGAAAUAAAAACUACGCAGUCUGAAUUACCAAAUGUUGUGUGUACAGACAAUUUUGAAUUCAAACCUACUGUGAACAGUGAGAUACCAUCACAAUCUGUUAAUUCACUGUCGAAUUCAUCAGCAUUUCUACCUGAAGUAACAAUAACUCAUAAAGUCGAAGAAUCCAAAAACUUGUCAAGCAACUUUACUACUGUGGAAUCUGUACAGUCUGGAGUAAAUAAUUUGCCAGUCAGCUCAAAUUUACCCUCAACAAAUAAUGCCAUUCCCUCCAUUCAUCCCAUCUGUUCGACCAGUUGCAAUCAAAGUUUUACAUAUCUGUCUCCAAUACAACCUGUUACAAUGUGGAGUCGUUUAUCCAGUCCUUUGCCUGCACCAGAUCCACCUACUAAACUUUUCAAUACUAAACGUAUUCCUUCAAAUCAUCAAUCUGUUAAUAAUAAAUGUCAGCCAUUUCCAAUGAUGAUACCAGCUAAUUCUGUGUGUGGUAAUCAAAUGACAUCACAACUGCCUCAAUAUCUCACUCCAAAUCGUACAAGUAUUCCAAUUCAUUCGACAACUAAUUUGCCUUCAGAUGUACUAUUCAACCGUAAUUCAAAUAUGAACUCGUCAGGAUUGACUACAAAUCCCCAACACCAUUCAACAUUUUGUAAUAAUUAUGCUUCCUUAAACGAUUUGAAUUCUAAGCAGAUUUUACAGAACUGUAAUAAAAUUCAGUUGACCAAUCAAGGCUGUUCAUCUUUUCCUAAUGCUAUGCAUCCUUCAUUACCUCCGGCAGGAUUACCGUUGCAACAGGCACCGCUAAGACUGCCCACACAACUACCACAUUCAUUGUCUUUCCCUUAUGCUUCUCCUUCUUCUGCUUCGUCUACAUAUACAAUCAAUGGAAAUCAAAUUUCGUGGUCAUCUUCAAUUGACCAGUUUAUAAAUAACCUAUCAAAUCCAUAUAUUUCAAACAUAUCUGAAAAUAUCCCCGUGUGUUAUGGGACAUCAGUCGUGUUGCCUCCAGGAAAUUCAGUGUUAAACAGCCAUCCUACUAACAAUAUUAUUAGUAGUAAUAAUUGUAACAAUCCAAACAAUUUUGUAUCGUAUCCAUUUUUUAUACCUAAUCUUCCAAUAUUUAGAAAUAUUUCACAGUCGACUCCAUCGUUGUCAACAUCAUCUAUACCGGGAUCAUAUCCAGCGUCUUUACAAUCUGUGCUAAGCAGCUCCUUUAUGUUAGGAGGGCAAAAUUAUAAUAACACCAGCAAUGUUCAAAACUAUGCCUGGAUCCCACCAUCUUUUUAAGCCCUGAGACCAAUAGCUAAGCUGGUCAGUUGUAUCUACAUAAUUAUUUGUAUAUUAGUAUGUGUAUGUAUGCGUAUAUGAUUGAGUGCAUAAUCGUGGAGUUUAUGUGCCCAAUACUCUCCACCUGCAAUCUUGUGAUUAAUUUAUUCUAUUAGUAAUGGAUGACGCUUCAUUUCAACACACAACAAGCCUUAUGUGUAUGUAUGUCAGUAUGUGUGUAUAUAAAAAGAUGUGUAAAUUUUCCCCUAUGCUCCUUUUUCUUCCUUAUAUAUUUGUAAAUAUAUUCGCAGGCUUUUUUCACAGCCAUCUUAGUUCCCCUCUACUUGCUAAUUGAAAAACUUGACAGACGGUAUAUUUUCUGUUUAGCUGGUGUAUCUACUAAGGAGAUUGAUAAUACAUUGAAAUACAUUUUUUUUUAAAUU